AUGACUAAAUUAGGGGUAAAUCCUCCAGCGGAGGGCGCGGCUGACGAGAAGAAAGAUAUUGAGAAAGACCCUAAGAUUUUCACCGUCGUACAGCCGUGCCCCCAGAUGGUACCAGUGCAGAUGCCGCCGAUUAUUGAGGGCCGCAAGAGACACAGCGGCCUUUGCGGAACGGUAUUGUGUGUGGCACUGAUCUCAACGCUUCUUGCGCUUUUCGCAUUUGCGCUUGUUGUGGCAUUCAGCGGUCACGACGGGUUCAGAAGCCUAUGGGGAGAUCAGGAACGCACAGUGAUUCUAAUGCCCUCCGCCGAGAAGCUCUCUUUCCAAGACCAACUCAAGCAACAACCACAACAAAAUGAUAAGGAAGUUCGCGUGAUCGGCAUCGACGCUGAGGAUCUGAUGGAUGGCGGCGAUUCGGAUGAGGAUGACGAUUCCGAGAUGCAAAUAGCCAUCAUCGCGGUCCCCGAAACGUCCUCGGAGGAGAAGGAACUGAAGGAGGAGAUUGCUGCUCAACAGGGCCAAGAUGAGGGGGUCACUGGCAAUGACCAGAGCGUCCCCGAUGAAGAAAAGCAUGGAGAAAACGCUCCUCAGGUGAUUGAAGGAGGCAACACUCCGGCUGAUUUUGGUAACGCCGUUGCCAUGCGCCGCCAGUACUUCGACCGGAUGGAACGCCUCCAGCGCAUGAGCUGGGCUCUCUUCCAACAGCAAGCCAUGCGCCAGAUGAUCGCCCGCGCCAUGGAGCAAGCCCUCUCCCAACAAGACGAACAGUCCGAAAUCCAAGAGCACGAGCAGCGCCUCGCCCGCUGGAACCAGAUGCGCAUGGCGCGUCUCCAGCAGUUGCGCGCUGAACAGGCUCAGGCCUGGUUCCAGCAGCAGCAGGCGUGGAACAACCAGCGUCCUAGCGUUGAGUUCUGGCCUCAGCAGCAGCAGCAGCAACAACAGCAGAUGGACCCUCAGAUGAUGAUGCAGCAACAGCAACAAGAGCAGCAGCGCUGGGCGGCGUACUGGGAGGGACAGCGCCGUCAACAGAUGGAGGCUGAGAUGCAACGUCGUCAGUGGGCACAGUACCAGUGGGCCCAACAACAGCAAGCCGCCCAAGCCGAGGCCGAAUCUCGCGCUCGCGAGCAGGAGGAGAGGAUGAGGGCUUGGCAACAGGCCCAAUGGCAGAACCAGCAGAUGCAGCAGGCCCAGAUGGCCCAACAGGCCCAGCAGCAAAUGAUGGCCCAGCAGCAGAUGCAAGCUCAGGCUCAGCAACAACAACAGCAGCAACAACAGCAACAACAACCUCAACCCGAGCCCGUCCCCAUUCGCCCCCAUGACGCUUCCGCUCAACAAAUUGUUAACCAGCUUCAGUCCCAGCCCGGACCUGCUAUCCCGACCGUUGAAGACCGCGUCUACCAGCACUUCCAGCAGCUCGCUCAGAACUUCAACAGCGGCGCCGGCUUCAGGCCGACUUUCACCGCCAUCCACGCCGAAAACGCUGAACAGCAACAGCGAACGGAUGAGAUCUACAACGACAUGCUGAGGAAGGCGCAGGCUGAGCGCGAGAAGGCGGAGCCUACCACUACCACCACUGCUGCUCCCGUUGAGAAGACCACUGAGCCUGUCGUUAUCGAGGACUCGUUCCCGAAGCUUAAUGAGGCUAAGACGGUUGAUGGUGGAGAUGACAAGACCGAAGGCACCUCCGAUGAGUCUGAGUCUGUUCCCGAGGAAGAGAAAGUCGACCCCUUGGCCGAGUUCUUCAAAUUCUUCGAGUCCGAGGCCCAAAAAAUGGCCGAACAGCCCACCCAGUUCGCCGCCGAGCCGGAGAAGAAGGAUGAGAGUUCCAUCCCGACCCCUGCUCCCCUAGCCGUCGGAAAUGCCGAGGUUGACGCUGCUGAGCCUCACCUUGUUGAGAACACAAAAGAAGCUGCUGCUCAAACCGAGGACUCCGCCCAAACCUCCGAGCCCGAGCCCCCGAAGUCCGCGGCCGACCUCGGAAACCCGAAGGAUGAUGAUUUGGUGAUGGAAUUCCCGGAAAAGGAUGAGGACGAAGCAUCGGAAGAAAAUCAGAAGCAAGACUCGGAAGAGACUACAACACCUGAAGAGGAAGAAGAAGAGAAAACCGAAGACGAUGAUGAGCACGCCGAGUCUUCAAACGAAGAGCCGACCGGCUUCUUCCUCGGCUUCAACAUGGAA